AUGGCCAGUCCGCGCCCUCCCCUUGGCCGGAUCCUCCGCCUCGCCGCCGCCGUCGCCGUCGCGGCCUGCGCCUGCUUCCCUACCCCCGUCUCCGGUAUCCGGGGCUGCAAAGUUGAUUUACAGUGCUGCAAUUCAUAUGAAUAUUGUGUUUCUUGCUGUUUGAAUCCUUCUAAGAUCAAGAAAGAAGAUGUGCUGAAGCUGAAGGUAGCUAAGCCAGUUACUGCUGGAACAUACACAAAUGUUUUCGAUUUCUGCAUGGGAAGAUGCCGCCAUAGCUCUGCAAGUGUGGUUCAUGAAAAUGCCUAUGCCAGUGACUUCCAUCACUGUUUUUCAGUGCAGCAAAAUUCAUCAGGAUCAAUUGAAUCUAGUUCUGUAUCAAAGUUGUUGGGCAUUAACGUUGUAGUAGGAAGGCCCGGGGAAUCCUGCAGCUUGGUUUGCAAAGUAAGAGGACAGUCAUGUGUUCCAAGCAGGCUCUCUGUGCUGAACAAAUGCGAGAUGUCAUAUUGGAUAGGAUAUCUUGUGUACUCUUCUGAUUAUGCUGUUUAUCACCUACUUCAAACUGACAUUCACUGUGCUGUGCUUGCUCCAAUUUCUGAAAAUAGUCAGCCAUUUAACCAACAAAGUGUUAUGGGCUUAUGGCUAGGAAUUUACGAGGCAGCACAGGGGAUCUGGAGAGCUGAGAGCUGA